AGAAUCUUAUUUUGAAAGUUGUAAGCGGAAGUCCCGACUAGCUCGUCACCGGCGGUAAGAUGGCGAUGCCCAUGAGGAAGACGCUGUUAGCCCUUCAGCGAAUAACGUGUAGCCAUUUGAAGAAUGCCGAGGCGUCUCUGGAUGUGCGGCUUCCCCUCCCCGUCGUCCUGCCGGUGCGGACCAAGAAGCGCUACUUCAUCCCCCCCGCGGUGAAGCUGAAGGGGAAGAGGGAGGAAAACCCGGAGGCCAAGGCCAGAGCUGCAGGCAUCGUUUUCAGACAGGAGUACUCCGAGAGGCAAAUCAACAUCGCCUGCACCGCUGGGAUUUUCGAUCCUUACGUCCCCCCAGAGGGCGACGCCCGCCUGUCCACUCUGUCUAAAGAGGGGCUGAAACAGCGCACUGAGCAGAUACGACAGAGUGCCGCCUCACAGCUGGCGAUUCGCAAGAUCAAGGAGCACGACACUCAGUUCUCCACCAAGGAGUUUGCAGAGCGAGCUCAACAAAUCUUUAUUGACGCUCACGGCGCCCUGACACAGUUCAACAAGGAGAAACUGCACUCUUUGGUGACAGAACGGUGUUAUCCUGAGAUGACGAGGGGGAACCGCUACAAGACCAUCUGCUGGAGGUACAUGGAGUCCCUGGAGCCUCCCAGGGUGGUCCAAGCCCGCUGCCCUGACAUGGUCACCAAAGGCAACCUGUACGGGCAGGUGACGCUCCGCAUGCACUCCAGACAGACUCUGGCCAUCUAUGACCGCUUCGGGAGGCUGAUGCUGGGCAGCGAGGAGGAGCCCAAAGACGUGUUGGAGUACUUGGUCUUUGAGCGACACCUCGUCAAUCCUUACGGCAAGUGGCGGCUACACGGAAAAAUAGUACCAGCCUGGGCCCCGGCCAAAGACCCGAUCAUCAAGACUGUGAUGAUUCCCGGUCCAAAGCUGAGGCCAGGAGAAGAAUUUGAUGCCCUCAACUAUGAAGUUCCCAAACCGAAGGCAGUGCAGUGGAGCAAGUAGACCACUGGGUGGCGCAGUUAAUUUCAUCAAACCAGGGUGGGACAUAACCACCAGUCAAUGGUCAAAUGCUGUGGCUGGUUUCUUAGUCUGCUCCAGGAGGCACUUUGGCAGGAAGCCAGCCUUCACGUGGGGGCUCUUCUCUGUGGUAACAGUUUGGCUGGCUGGAAAAAGUGCUGGAGAAUGUUGGGAUGAACUAACCACCGAGAUUCGGCGCAGUUUCCUGCCCUGCAUCGAAUCACAACACAAUGAAGAUGCAAACCCCAUUUGGAAGAGAAAAUAGCUCCAUGUACACACGUUAUUAUUAGUGAGAUAUUUAAAAACGAAAAUAUUAUUGGGAUGAAAGCAUUAUUAUAUUUAAUCAAUUCCCUGCUUUAAAAACAGAUGUGUAAAUGGGACUGUUUUCAUGUGGGAAUUUGUCUUCCUGCCUUGUUUUUUUGCCAGAAAGUAUCCUCAUCUCUGCUGAUGACAUUUUGUCUACAUGUUUUCAUAUUUUUUUUCCAGAGAGUCACAUUCAUCCACCUUCAUGUUUCUAAAAAAAAAAAAAAAAAAAUGCAAAAUGUCCAUAUCUCCA